AUGCACCUCAUCCUCGACCUCCAGAACGGCAAAGGCGGGAAGUUGUGGCUUGGAGGCCACUUCGCGGAUGUUGCAUGCCUGACGCAGAACCAUGUCGCGGUGGUGUUUCCAGCAAACAGAACUGCCACGAAUCAUUUGCAAGACCAAGCAGCAGUGAGAAUCCUCCCGUUUGUGGACGGGACUGGCGUUGUCCAUAAAGACGUGGCUUUGAGCCAUGUUAUUGACCGCCUUCACUCAGUGAUCGAGCUGCUUUUGAAGGGCUUCUCCGUGGUGAUUUUAUGUCACAACGGAGCGCACAGGUCUGCGACCUUGACACUUGGCCGAGGUGAUGAAUGGACCGUGUUGCUCUUGAUGAUCAUCUGUGGCAUUCCCUUCGAUACGGCCAGUCACCAUGUGACACAGCUUCGGAACAUCGUGGACCUUCAAAGCCGAGCACCGUGCAGAGGCGGACGUAUCAACACAAUACGCCCGAUGGACUUUCUGGCGGAGGUCUCUGACCAGGUUGCUGUCACGGGCGCCAUGGUCGGCAACGGCAGAGGCGUGGCAUCAAGCAACAUGCUGAACGAUCUCAUGACACCUUUGACGUUGAGGAAAAUGGCUUUGGAGCUGGGUUUCGAGACUCGCAACCACAUCCGGCCGAGCCUCCCGUCUCUGCCAGUUUCGAUGGUCAGGGCCACAGGCCAGGUUAAAGAAGUCCGAGAUCUGUUGGAAGCCCGCUCACAGCAGAUUGAGGCCACCAGGCCAAAAGCCAGAGCUCCCGCCGCCAUCAAAACGAAGGCCAUGCCGGCAGGUGGGCGGGUUAAGGCAUGGAGGUUCAGCGAUUCGGGUGAGACGGGGACGGAAUUUGGCUUCACCACUGACGACUCCUACGAUAUUGUGAGCAUGGUUGGCGGCAAAGGCCUCACAGACUUUGAGUCCGAUGCUCCCAAGCGUGCAACACUCCCAGGAGCUGCUUCGGCCAGUGGCGUUGCGCCAGGUUCCCGACCCCAGUCUUCGGCAUCUGAUGGCACUGAAGAUCCGGACGCCGGUGCUCUGCCAGCCUCUUUGCCAGUGUCGUCCGAGGCAGAGGACGACGAGUAUUACAUGGUGGACAAAAGCCAACAGUCUGCGAGUACGAAGAUGUGGCAGGAUCGCAACCCGGAAAGCCCAGUUGCCUCGCCAAGGUGGACCUCCGAAGACUUCGUUCGGCUGCAAGGGGUAGUGAAAGACCUUGGAGACUUGAAUCGUCAGCUCAUGGCUUUCACCGCCAGCCCGGACGAGCUUGACGAGGAAGUCGAAGUUGAGGUCGAGGUUGAGGACGAGCCGGUGGAGGAGCAGAAUGUGAAGAUCGAGGAGGAGGCGGCUGACUAUGGUGGCGAUACGGAUAUGGAGCAGCAAGAGUCAGACCAAGCCGGCAAAGGAGAAGCUGAGGCUAUGGAGGAAGAGCACCCACCUACAAGCCCGGUGCCUUCUGAAGGCGAGGAAGAGACCAAGCCCGAGCCAGCUGCGGAUGAUAAGUCCAUGGCAGCGGCCUCUGGCCAGGUGUUCGUCGACCCCAACAUGACAGCCGCCGCUGCCGUCGAAAAUCUGGUUCAGGCUGUCAACCGACUACAGAAGGCUGGCGAGAAGGACGAGGGCCAGGAUCCGGAGUCAGCUGAGACGUUAGCCAGGCUGUUUGAGUUGUUGGAGACACAAAAGGUCCAGCAACAGACGCUACUGACGCGACUCACAAAGGUCACGAACCAGGCUGAGGCAGACCAGCGCAAGAAGGAAGUUUUCGAGGUCAUGUACAACCGUGACUCUUCGAGGCUGAGGCACCUCCUGUGCAACGAGCUGCCGGUCUCAGAGCUGGCUACCCUGCGCGAUCACCAAGGCAUGAGCCUUGCUCAUCAUUUGGUCGAAAGCCCCUUCAUUGGCGGAUGUGGCAACACUUCCAUCCGGUAUGCCGCCCAAUUGGCUCAAGGUGCCUACGCUGUUAUGGUGACCACUGUGCUGUGCUGCAAUGCUCCUGGCAAUGGCGUGGUCUGA